UGAUUAAAUUCGUCUCCCACGCGUCUCCGAACACGCCACCACGAAAUUCUCGUUGCUCUCGUGUCUGCUCGUGCGCCCCACGCCGGUGCGUGCUGCAUUGCGGCUGCGGUGACUUUCGAAAAACGUAAAAUGUUAGAGAAACACACGCAGCACUUUUAUUAAGGCCACACUGCGAUAAAUCCACACAUUUGGCGAUUUCUCCGAGUUUAUCAACAUUCGAUAAGCGUGUUUAAAUCAACAAAUCCACUCAAUAUUAACAUGGAGACAUCUUCAUCACCUCCAGAAGGUUUAAUUGCUAGUCUUAGUGCCUCUAUAGGAUCAACUGAAGCAGCGCUACGUUUAUUAAUUACUUUACUAGCAGGCUAUCCACUGGCAUUGAUCCACAGGAAUUUCAUCCAUGGCAAACCAGCGAAUCUGCAACACUUGUACUUCAUUAUUAGUGGAUUAUCCUUUGGAUUCUUCAACUAUGGCCUCGAGAGUUUACACUCUGCAUUCACAGUGGUAUUCUCCUAUCUUACACUUGUCAUCUUUCGAGGGACAGCUACCUGUGUGGCCAUAUCAUUUGUUUUCAACAUGGCCUAUUUAUUGAUAGGAUAUGUUUAUUCAAGCACCAAUGAUUAUGAUAUUAACUGGACUUUGCCACAAUGCGUGCUUGUCCUGCGUCUAAUCGGACUGUCUUUUGAUCUGUAUGAUGGUAAUCAACCGGAGGAGAGUCUCGGUGCGCAGAAUAAACGUGUGGCGUUGAAAACACGCCCGACUUUUCUGGAAUACGGCGGGCAUAUGUUCUUUCCGACUUGUUAUAUGAUCGGGCCACAGUUUAAUAUGCGCCGGUAUCAGAGUUUUGUCGCUGGUGAAUUCAGCGAGGGUGAUAAAUCAAAACCGCCGAAUUCAAUCGCCGCAGGUACAAGACGUUUGUUUUUGGGUAUUGGAUACGUGGCGCUGUUUCAUGUUGUGAAUAUCUAUGUGAAUGAUGAUUAUUUACUCUCGGAUGAUUAUGCAUCGGCGCCAUUUUGGAAGAGGGCGUUACUCCUGGGUGUUUGGGGUAGGAUUGUUUUGUAUAAAUAUAUUUCCUGCUGGUUACUUACAGAGGGUGCUUGUAUUAUGUUUGGAUUAACAUAUAACGGUAAAGAUGCGCAAGGUAACGCUAAAUGGGACGGUGUGUCGAAUGUUGACCUGGCGAAAUUCGAGAAUUCCACCGAGUUUAAUCAUUACAUUCAGUCGUUCAAUACGAAUACGAAUAACUGGGUGGCGCAAUACAUCUACAAGCGUAUGAAAUUCAUGAAUAACCGUUACGUCAGUCAAUUAUCAGUGUUGUUAUUCCUUGCGGUCUGGCAUGGGUUCCAUACUGGAUACUAUGUGUCGUUCUUCUUUGAGUUUAUUAUUAUGUUUAUGGAGAGAGAUAUUCAUUCAAUUUUCGCCAAAAAUCCCCACCUGGGCAAAUAUUUCGAACCGCUCCCAGUACGAGUAUUACUCUACAUCCUCAUGCGAUUAUACACGCUGGUCUUCAUGGGAUGGUGCUUAGCCCCCUUUUCACUUUUCAGCUUCGACCGCUACUGGCCGGUGUUCCGCGCGGUGCAUUACAUGGGCAUCUGGUUCUUUGUCCCAUGGGGAUUCCUCUACGGACCCUUGCUACGCAUGGCCGUCAAGGCAACGCGACCCAAAGUUGUAGAACACGCUCACACCGAAUAAAAACUAGAAACAAAAACAACAAAUAACAAAAUAGCCGGGGUAGAUAUCUAGUGAAAAAGGUAAAUAGUAAUAAUACUAUACUAUAAAAAGUAUUGAGAUGACUGACAAAGAAUUGAAACAAAGAAUUAAUUAAAAAUUUAAAAGAAGAUUAAAAAUGUAUGCUUCCAGUAGCACAUUUUUGAGGUUAGGAUAAGUAACACAUAGGCAGAUAGUAGAUGACCGAAAAAGGGGAUUAACUACAUUAACCUGGUCAGUAUAGGUUAGAAUUUAAAUACACACAUAUUGUGUUCGUUUUCUUCACGGUGUGAGACGUUUUUUAUUGACAGAAAUUUUGUUUACCAAUGCACCCAAUGCUGUUGUACAAAUUCGACUAUUCUAGCAAAUAAACUAUUCCUAUUCCUA